AACAGUUGAACGAUGCGAACGUGUGAUUACGCACGUCGUGAACCCCUGUUGGCUGUUUACGUUUAAAUAGCUUGACUUCAAUCAGUUCAGUGCCGAAAGUUAUCUGUUGAUGUUAUUGUAUGAGAUAUUGUGGAGAUCCGACUGGAACUUGUGUUUAAAAAUAUUGUUAAAAUUAAUAGGAUUUUAAGUGUAAUUCAUAUCGUUUUAUUUUAUUUUGUUUUAUUCUAUGAUGUAACUUUUACGUGAUACAAAAGUGUACUUGGUAAAUAAACACUGUGCCGACGUUGCUAUAUGUGGUGGUAGUGCAUUGUUUAUUUUUAGACGUCGUAAUUUGCAGUCAUGUAAUUAAACCGGUGGCGCUAAAAUGUCUCAAAAGGAUACAGCGAUACAUUUACUGGCUGGCGGGAUUGCUGGUACAGCCGGUGCAGUAGUCACCUGUCCGCUAGAAGUAGUUAAGACAAGACUACAAUCCUCAAAGGGUGUGGGUAUUCCCCCACCACCACCACCGUCUGGUGCAGCCACGUCCAAACGAGUAUGCUCCAAGAUUCCUAAACAUCAGGAGGGCAAAUGGGGCUACAGACGUACGAUGGGCGCAAUGUUCGCCUACACCAAGCAGGCAGAUCGAAUGCUGAUGUCCUACAAUUACCAGGUGCAGCAGUGCGCACGCGCCGGCCACGCCAGGACUGCGGCGAGGAUGAGUCUCAUACAUUGCCUCAGGCAUAUCGUCCAAAAUGAAGGCGCCCGUGCACUGUUCAAAGGCCUGGGGCCGAACAUAGUGGGCGUCGCGCCCUCCAGAGCCAUCUACUUCUGCACGUAUUCGCAGGCGAAGGCGAUCCUCAACCAGCACAUCCCACCGGACACACCGAUAGUGCAUCUGUCCGCUGCCAGUGCGGCAGGGUUCGUGUCGUGCACGAUGACCAAUCCCAUUUGGUUUGUGAAGACGCGUCUGCAACUGGACGGCGCCAACGUCACCGCGUGGCAGUGCAUCAAGAGGAUAUACGCUAAAUCGGGUAUCAGAGGCUUCUACAAAGGCAUCACCGCGUCGUACAUGGGCAUCAGCGAGACGGUGGUGCACUUCGUGCUGUACGAGGGCGUGAAGGCGCGGCUCAUGGCGGCGCGCAGCCUGGACGGCGUGCCCAGCGACCAGCGCUCGCCGCGCGACUUCCUCGAGUUCAUGGCGGCCGGCGCCUUCUCCAAGACGGUCGCCUCGUGCAUCGCUUAUCCACAUGAGGUAGCGAGGACGCGUCUGCGGGAGGAAGGCGACAAGUACCGCAAAUUCUGGCAGACCUUGCACACUGUCUGGUUGGAAGAGGGCUACCGUGGAGUUUAUAGGGGCCUCGGCACACAACUGGUCCGUCAAAUUCCGAACACAGCCAUUAUGAUGAGCACGUAUGAAGCAGUGGUGUACCUCCUCACCACCCACUUUAACAGCUCCUUCUACGAGAACACUUAGGUCGUCGCAUGACAGCUGGAGGACCCCGUAGAUAUGAGCUCGUCUCGCUUAGAAACAACAGAUUAGAAGAGGAUGGAACACUGGUCUACAAUCUAUUGCUGAACUAUGAUGCGAAAAACGAAAUGCAAUUAUAGCAUGUUAUAGCUUGUCUCGCUUAGGAAGAAAAGAUUUGAAGAGGAUGGAACACUGCUCUAUAAUAUUGCUAUGCAAUCAGUGUGAUAAUCACAAUCCAUCUAGUUGGCUACCACUCUUUCUAUUCUCUAUGGUUGUAGCAAAAUCAAACUCAAUUUCACUAAUAAAUCAAAUGCAAUUAUCCCAUAUUACAUAAUGUAGAUCUAUAUAGCAGAUUUUAUACACAAUUUAAAGUUCGAUUUCGUAAAAUUAGGUUGUCUCGCUCAAACAACUGAACAAAAGAUCAGACCAGGAUGAAAGAUCUACAAACUAAAGUCUAUUGCCAGAUUUGAUAUAACCAAUGUGAUUGUAAUCCUUCCACUUGGCUAUGGUUCUUCCCAUUGAUUAAAAUACCAUCUAAGUGAUAUGGAUUUUUUGUUUAUAAUUUAAAUACGCAGCUAUAACAAUAAUAAUUAGGACGAACAAAAAUAUUAAGCAAAAAUUUUCAAUGUCAUGAUUAAAUUUAUGAAAUAAAUUGAAUUAAUUUAUGUUCGGUAUUAUUUAAGAUGCAACACACGUUUUAAAUUAGUGCACACUUAAUAUAGAAUAUAUUUGUAAUCAUUGGGAUUAAGAACAGAUAAAAACAAAAAUAGACAAACGGAAUUACAGCUAAUUAUACAACGUGUCCCAAAAUUCAACGAUAAGCGGGCGCCAAAAGAUUGACCUGCUCAUGAGCACUUAAGGAAAAAUAAUAAAAAAAAUAUACCUAAAUUUUUUUUUUAGUUACAAAAUAAAUUUUAAAAUUCUUUGAAAAUUUACACCUUGUAUGAUAUUUUGAACUACCGCAGCUACAAUUUCUUAAAUAUGCUUAAGAUUUUUUUUGUAUCGGAACCUAAGUAGUACUACUAUUCACCACAACUCUUAAAAACACCACAAUGCCCGCAGUUUUUACACAAAAAAAAAUCAAAAUAUUUUUUUUCCCUCAAAUUUUUAAAGAUUUUUACUUUCAGUCUACUUUGACUCAUGGUCUUGCAAAAAAAAGUAUGAACACCGCUAUGGCAAGUUAUUUUCAAAGUUGACGCAACUAAUCAAGAUUUCAAAAUAGUAUAAUACCCUAGGAUAACUAGUCACAAAAAAAAAUAUGCGUACCAUUUGUAAACAAGAACCAAAUUUCUUAAUUGUUCUUGUUGUUAGUAAUAAAUUUUACUAUGUUCCAAAAAUGUGUUUGUUAUUUUAAUUACACAACAUUAAAGUAAAUGUUCGAAUUGUUUUCCACCGGCAUUAAUACAGGCACGACAUCGCCUUAAAAACGACCGUUUUAUUUUUCGCGCAUAUCUUCUAGCAUUGAUAUGUGCCGCAGCCUGAGUGAUUUUUUGCCGAAGCUCGUCCAAUGUCGUAAUCGGUUUUGCGUAGAUCCUGUCUUUGAGACAACCCCAAUAAAAGAAAUCCAGGGGGUUUAGGUCGGGUGAUCGGGGUGGCCAUAGGAUAGGACCAAGUCGCCCGAUCCAACGCCCCGGAUACUCGUGGUCUAGGUAUUGUCUCACAGGACGAGCGUAGUGAGCUGGGCAACCAUCAUUUUGAUACCACAUAUUUUGAAGGUCGCUUAGGGGGACGUCUUCUAGUAAUUCUUGCAAAUCAUUUUGUAAAAAGUUCAAAUAACUGUCCCCAUCUAAGUUUCCUUGUAACUCAAAAGGCCCAAUCACUUUUCCAUUUAAAAUGCCCGUCCAUAAGUUGACCUUAAAUUGAUAUUGGGAUUUGUCUUCUCUCAUCAGGUGCGGAUUCUCAUUGCUCCAGCUGUGUAGGUUGUGAAGAUUUAAAUAGCCAUCUUUCUUGCAGGUUGUUUCAUCCGACCAUAGUACUUUAUCCAAGAACUGAGGAUCUUCCCGAUGCUUUUGAAGCAUCACUCGGCAAAAUGCGAUCCGCAGUGGAUAGUCCCGUGAUAGUAACGUUUGUACACGUCUGUAAUGAUAUGGGUGUAGCCGAUGACGUUUUAGUAUUCGAUGUGCUGAACUUUUUGGGAUUCCCGUAGCUGCUUCUAUGGCACGCACUGAGGUAGUUGAAUCAAUGUUUAUUUCAUUGAGAACUUCUUCAUCGCAUUCCGAUCUAGGUCUUCCAGCGUUUCUUCUAGCUGACGGCAAACGACCCUCCGAAAACGCUUGAUGCACAUUCAUAAAUACCCGAUAAUCUGGAUAUCUUUGAGCGUUUGGGUACCUUUCUCGAUACAAUCUGCUAGCAGCGUUAGCAUUGCACCGACAUUCUCCAUAAAUGAGAUGCAUGUUAGCGUAUUCCAUCGGCGUGUAUGGUUGCGGCAUGAUAACGCUAAACAGUCCAAAAUACACCAAAAGUCCAAUUCACAAAACACAGGCACAGUCCAAAAUAAUGCCAGGUCAGUUCAGUUUGCAGAUCACUUAAGUCCAGUCCAAAAUGCAAAGCCAAAAGUCGUUAGUACGAGAGCCACGUCAAUUGAAUACGGAAAGUUGCGCAGUAAACAAAGGAGCAGAGCGUACUGACUUGCUGGGAACAGGAUUUUCUUUACCUGCAUCAUUGUCAUUCAACAAAGAACAUCUGUCUAUCCCUCUCUAACGUAUACUUAUCGCUAUCUUUCUCUCUCUCUCUCUCUCUUAUUUUUAAAUGUUAUCGUUCGUUCCAUUAAAAUUCUAGGAAAUUGCAACGUAUGACUCACAUCAUUUUGUGCAUAAAGUAAAAGUGAUUUCUAGGAGCAAAAACAUUUUAGAAAUUUAGUUCUUGUUUACAAAUGGUACGCAUAUUUUUUUUUUGCGACUAGUUAUCCUAGGGUAUUAUACUAUUUUGAAAUCUUGAUUAGUUGCGUCAACUUUGAAAAUAACUUGCCAUAGCGGUGUUCAUACUUUUUUUUGCAAGACCAUGAGUCAAAGUAGACUGAAAGUAAAAAUCUUUAAAAAUUUGAGGGAAAAAAAAUAUUUUGAUAUUUUUUUGUGUAAAAACUGCGGGCAUUGUGGUGUUUUUAAGAGUUGUGGUGAAUAGUAGUACUACUUAGGUUCCGAUACAAAAAAAAUCUUAAGCAUAUUUAAGAAAUUGUAGCUGCGGUAGUUCAAAAUAUCAUACAAGGUGUAAAUUUUCAAAGAAUUUUAAAAUUUAUUUUGUAACUAAAAAAAAAAUUUAGGUAUAUUUUUUUUAUUAUUUUUCCUUAAGUGCUCAUGAGCAGGUCAAUCUUUUGGCGCCCGCUUAUCGUUGAAUUUUGGGACACGUUGUAUAUAUUGCCAUAAUUAUUUCCACCUGAUUAACUUAGAUAACUUAAACUUAAUUAAAAAUAUAUAUAUUUAUAGCACAAAUGUGAUAAUACAAGUGCAUUCUCCAUUCUCACAGUCUUUAUAAACAACAAAAACAAUAAUAAUAAUUAAUUUAUUAUUAUGAGGUAAAUAUACAAAAAAAAAUCAAGUUGUAUCUCUUUUUAUAGAACUAAAGUUUGACUGCAAGAUUAUUAUAUAAUUAGAUAUCAGUUGUGUGUAUAUUAAUUGAAUUUAUAUAAAUAAAGUUUAUGUAAUCCAUAAAUUAAGUCACACGAUUUGGUUUAUAUUCUGACCCCUCAUAGUCACAUUUGUAAGGAUUUCCCAUCCCUAAUGUGACGUCACAUAAUUUGUAACUUUAUAUCUAUGUAGAAAUUAUAAAAGACAGCAGUUGUUUUUUCAACGAAAUUAGUCUUUUCAUUUAAUGAUUUUUUAAUAAAAUCUGCGUAAAUAAAUGAAAAUAAAAACUUAAACAUCUUGAGUCAACACUUUUCAAAGGGUUUUUUAUUACCCAUAACCAUUUAAGGGUUAUAAAAUGUGAUGUCACCAAACAUCAGACUCCUACUCACCCCUCGAAGAAUAAUAAUAAAAAAUAGGGAAUUGUCACACUUCGCUAUUUUUUAAUUAUUCCUUGCCUUAUCGUGAGACAUCAUUCAUGGAUUGCCCCUAAACUAAUUACAUAUAUUAAUUGUAACAGUGUUACUUUUAGUUGCAUUGCAGUGUGCAUACCAGAAUUUUAUAAGAGUUAUAUUAUACCAAAAUCAUGUUUGCAUUAUAUUUUUUUAAAUAAUUUUAAUGAUGUUUCUUUGAAAUAUGAAGAUGAAAUGAAAUAAAUCAUUAAAAAACUUUAUUUCAUUCAGUGGUAUCAAUUAAUGUUUUAGUUUCCACAUGCUCUUAUAAAAAAGAUCAAAAAUUUACCACCAUAAUUAACUAAGAUUUUAAACAUUAUAUAUGAUCUUACAUAUAAAAGAGGGAAUAUGGAGUUUCAACCAACCAUGCUGCUUCAUAUGACUUACUCAUAUCUAUGAGGAUAUGGUAAUUUAAUUUUUUUGUUAGAUAUUGUUUUUUUUUUGGAGGGGUAUUAAAUUGUUGUGUAUUUAAGAAGUUGUAUAUACUUAAGAAAGUAUAUUCUCCCAAGAGUUUUAAUAUAAAAUUUUUCAUAUACAUAUGACUUCUAGUUUUUCCAAUCUUACUGUUAUAAUGACCAAGUCUUUAUUCUAUAUAAUGUAAGAUCAUAUGUAACAAUUCAUAUCUUUGUAUAUGUGAAAAUAUUGUUUAGUCAUAGAUUUCUAGUCUUGUGUUUUAUCAUUAUGCCGUUUGUUGGUAAAUAAAGUAAUAUUGCAACAAUGCAACUUUGUUAUUCAGAAAAGGUGUAGAAUUUCUAUUAAAAGGACUUCUUCUCACAUAAAAGUUAAUUAUAUUUUGAAUUGACUGCAUUAUUAAAGUCAACACAAACAUUUAAAUUUUUAGAAAAUAGACAAUAUUUUACAUGUAAAUCUAAAUACUACAAUUUCAAUAACUUAUGUACAUACUAAUCUCAAUAAUUUUGCAUACAGAGGAAUUUAAAGUCUUCCUGGAUGUAUUGGUCUUGAACUGGCUCGGGAUUUAUGAACUUGUUUGUGUGAGCUAAUUAAAGAGUCAUACUCUGCUGUUUAUGGUAUUGGAGUGCUAUAUUAUUGAGAUUAGAAUGUUACCAAAUAAAAUUUCUAUUGUUCUGAAGUUUAAUAAUUCCUAGAUUAUAUUUGUAAGAGAUGUAAUUCGAUAAAGUGUUUUCCAUAAUGUAUAUUAUAUUAUAUUGAGCAGUUUAGCACAGGUUUAGUAAGUUGUGAGCUGUGAUAUAGUGCUUGUAAAUAUUAGUCAUUCGGAGUCACCAUAGGGGUGCCAAGUUGUCUUAUAAUGAAAACUUAUUAUACAAUGGGCAAGUCUGGAACAAAAUUUAUUUCUAAAAAAAAAUUAAACAAUUACAUACAUAUACAUACAUAGUGAUAGACACCAAAACAUUAUUAUAAUUUAAAUUAUUCUUGCAGGCUCUUUUGGACUAAUAAUUUUUUAUUCUUCUUAAUUAAAAAGGAUACCAAACAUGUAAUUUCUCUGUGAAUCCUACCGAAACUAUCACAAAACACGUAAAUUUUGUUUUAAUAAUUAUUUUCCAAAUACUAUAUAAUCUACCAGGCUUGCUAAUUUUAUUAGAUACCUAAAUAAAGUAAUGUUUAAGUUUUAUUAGUCUACAAAGUAAUGUGAACAUUUGUAGAACAUUGUUUCAUGUUAAAAUGUUAGGAAUUGUUUGAACAGAUUAUCUGUUGUAUAUUUGCUAUGGAAAGAUUUGGACGUAUGUCAGACUGAGUAUAAGAGUAAUAUUAAAUUUGUUUAUUAAAUAAAACAAUUAAAAAAUUG